AUGCCCAUACCGGAAUAUAAACCACCAAAGGAAAUUCAAGAUUUAUUAGACCAAAGACAAACACAACAACAAGGCAAUCAACAGAGACGCCGCACCGCUGUCUUGCCCAAACGAAGUUGGAUUCAACGUAAUCCACGUCUCUUUCAAAUUACGGCCUUGACCACAUCGCUGUUGAUAUUCUUCUCGAAACCCAUUUACGACAUUUUCAUUGCCGAUCCUUUGCCACUGCCACCGGCGGGAGAAACGCGUGUGCCACCCCACAAACGUUAG